AUGGCUACUUCCAGCUCGGUGAUUAGGAAAGGGAAGCUAGAGGAAUUACGUCGUGAAAUCUUGUCGUACAAACCAGGCAAGGCUGUACCUUGUGAUGAUGACCGAGUGGUGUUUCCUGAUAAGCUUGUCAUUGGUAUGAUUGAUCUGUUCAUGUAUGCGGGUGGAAUAGUCCCUGCCCUGAGAAGUGCUCUUUAUGGAGACGUAGAGCAACGCAAGCUUGCUGAUAAACGUCAAACAUCUAUUAAGGAUCUGGAGGAAUAUUUUACCGAUUCUAUAUCUGUCAUCACCACAAAUUUCAUUGGUGUAGACGAAGAAGAUGUACGAGACCUUGCCGGGAAGGUCGGAUGUAUGGUGCUGUUACUAGAACCGUCUACUUUCGACUUCUACCAACAAUGGAUCAAGACAAUAAAGAGCGUUAUAGGUCUCGUCCCUAUAUGUGCCAUGGACACUACCUGGCAAAGUGAAGACACCGAGAAGGCAAAAAAAAGACUAAAAAAGCUCGGGGUCACUGACAUCUAUGACGUAUCUGGUGGCAAUCGCUCAGAUGAGAAACGGUUGCAGUGGCUUCACCUCCUCCAUGGAUGCAUGAAGAAGGGUGACGAAGUGAUAUCUGCUGACCUAAUACAGCUUUAUUCUUGUCCCAGCUUUGAGCGGUUAUGGAAACAAGGAAGAAAGGAUGUCACAGAAGCACAGAAGAGGCACGGAGAAGAAAUCAAAGAAGGAGAAGAAGCAAAGAAGUUACUCCGAAGUAGAAUUACAGACUUAGAGCAGGAACUCAACGAGUCCCGUGCAAAUCGCGCAAGCAUAGUCAGUAAAAAUGGAAGACUACAAGAUACCAUGAAGGUUGAACAAGAAAGGCGUGAACAUAGUGAAAGGGCAAUGAUGGAAAACGAGAAAAGAGCAAAACAGAUAAUGGAGACGUACAAGCAGAGGGAGAUGGAAUUUGAAAAGAAACUAAAAUCAAAGGAUCUGCAUAUCAAAACAAUGGCUGAAAAUGUACAGGGGACAGAAGAGAAGGCAAGACGUCAGGUUGAGCGACUAGAGACCGACAACGAAGAAAUGAUGACGAAACUAGUGUCCAAGCUACAACGGGAAGACACUUUGACAAAAAUGCUAGAAGAGAAGGAGCGAAACGAGACGACUCUAAAACAGCAAGUUAAAGAAUUAAAGAAAGGAAGAGAGGGAGACAGAGCAGGAGCUGAGAAAGAGAAGCGCUCACUGGCAGCAGAAAUGACGAAUAUUGUACAGGGGAAAGAGCGAAACGAGACGACUCUAAGACAGCAAGUUAAAGAAUUAAAGAAAGGAAGAGAGGGAGACAGAGCAGGAGCUGAGAAAGAGAAGCGCUCACUGGCAGCAGAAAUGACGAAUAUUGUACAGGAGAAAGAGCGAAACGAGACGACUCUCAGACAGCAAGUUGAAGAAUUAAAGAAAGGAAGAGAGGAAGACAGAAAAGAAAAACGGUCAAUAGAAUUAAGCUGGAAGAAGAAGCAUGACUAUACGGAAGGGCUUUUGGAGCAACUUAAGCGUGAGACCUGGAAGCUGAGAACCAAAAUUCAACUAGAAAGUGAGAUACGAUCAGCAGAGCAGAAGAAGAAAGCAGAGACACAUCAAUGGAGUCUCAUUCCCUGGGUGACUUCUGGAAAACAAGCUCAGAGUGGCACAUCAUCAUUUGAGGAUAAUUCAACCGGAGGACUGGGGAGUGAUACAGUCCAAGCAGGGUGAGAUGAAAUAUCUUU